AUGAAUCCGGUGCCAACCCCGCCACCAACGCAUUCGGAAGGAGAGUCGAGUUAUAAUGUGCCGGUAUCCCUGCCUUUGGCCCCAACCUUUGCAGUUCCAACUCCUAAAGCAGGUCCAGAUAGCAACUCUAGUAGUAACACACGAAAGCCGGAUACCAUACUAAUUUACCCAAAUAAUAUCAUCCCCGUAGAUGAUAUUGCUACUCCCACGAUGGAAGAGGAAGUAAAAAUCAUUUCCAACUCAAAUCACGGCCAACAAGUCCUUGAGACAAUAUCAUCUGCAGCCAAUAAGGACCAGUUGCAGAAUACUAUACAAGUCGGCAUACAUACACCCUACACUCCAACCGCCUCAGAGAGUCCUGUUAUCGUAUCUAAUGCAGUUGCAUCGACUUCAGGGUCGAGCGGAAGCACAGCUCCAACAAAUUUAUCAACUACUAGGAACAUCCUGCCACUGCCAAAGCCCCGAAACGGGGGAAUAUUCAGGAAAGAACCCAAUGACGUACAGAAGACUUCUGGGGCAUCUUCAACUAUUACAGCUCCUACAACGUCUGAUCCUCUCUUACGCUCUCGGGCGAGGAUUGGCCCAUCACCUCUAUCGCAAUCAGUGACUGCCCAAGACGAUCAAGCAAAAACGGAAGAAGAAGAUUAUAAUGAUUUAAUGAGGGAGAUGAAGGAAAAAGCAGCUCUCCGAGCACUGAAUCGCUCCCAAGUAAACGUCAUCGAACAACACCUUUGA